GUGUAGCCUUGACUGACUGGUGAUCCGCAGAGUCCCAGUGUGGUACUCAGGACAGAUAAGGAUGUGGAUGUACGCGUGAAAGCAAACAGGAGACACAAAAGAGAAAAAAGUGACUGCGCAUCUACUUCAAUUUUUUUCUUGAGGUUCAAACGGCAUUGCAACUAUGUGGCGGGUAGCACUUUUAUUGUGCGUGAUUUUAAUGGUUACUCAAGUUUUGAGUUUCCCCGGCAUGAAUCGGUCUGAACACGAUGAUCAUGAGGUCACCUCCAGUCCGCACGAUGUGGCGGAAUCUGGUCACGAUGAGACUGGGGAAGGUCACGGCGACGGUCACGGUGAGGGUCACGGAGGUGAGCCCAUCACGACACUGCCGAUCGUGUCUUGGAAGUGGAGCCAUGUUUCGGUUCCGUACUUGGUGGCGCUGUGGAUUUUGGUCUCCUGGAUCUGCAAAUUGAUAAUCGAAGCCAACCAUCACGUUACAAACAUCAUCCCUGAAAGCGCCCUCCUCAUCUGUUUCGGCUUCAUCCUUGGCGGCAUGAUUUGGGGCGCUGAUAAAGUGCAGACCUUCAAGUUGACGCCGACUGUCUUCUUCUUCUACCUGUUGCCUCAAAUCAUCCUGGACGCGGGUUACUUUAUGCCCAAUAAGUUGUUCUUUAGCAACAUGGGGACCAUCCUGGUCUACGCCAUCAUCGGGACUUGUUGGAACGCUGCUAGCGUGGGGCUAUCGCUUUGGGGCUGUCACAAGGGAGGUGCCAUGGGUGAUUUGGACAUAGGGUUGCUGCAGUAUCUUCUGUUCGGGAGCCUGAUCGCGGCUGUGGACCCGGUAGCGGUUCUGGCUGUGUUCGAGCAGGUUCACGUCAACGAGGUGCUCUUCAUACUAGUGUUUGGAGAGUCGCUGCUCAACGACGGUGUGACAGUGGUACUCUUCAAUGUUUUUGAUUCAUUUGUCUCCCUCGGAGGAUCCCAAAUCGAUGCGGUGGAGAUAAUCAAAGGAAUAAUUUCCUUCUUCGUGGUUGCGUUUGGCGGGUCUCUACUUGGCAUGGUCUUCGGUUUGCUUCUCUCACUUCUAACCAGAUGCACGAAAAACAUUCAAAUCAUUGAGGCGGGCUUCAUCUUCGUAUUAGGGUAUCUCUCCUACCUCACCGCUGAGAUGCUGUCGCUCUCCGCCAUCUUAGCAAUUGUCUUCUGCGGCGUCAGCUGCCAAAAGUACAUCAACGCAAACAUGGACGAAAGGUCCGUCACGACAGUCCGAUACGCCAUGAAGGUGCUCGCUAACGGAUCGGAAACAAUUAUAUUUGUUUUCCUGGGAAUCUCCGCUGUGGAUAAGGAGUUGUGGGUUUGGAACACUGGUUUCGUUCUUCUCACGCUGCUCUUCAUCUUUGUGUAUCGUUUCAUUGGCGUGUUUUUCCUGACGUGGAUCAUGAACAAGUUCCGAUUAGUGCCUUUGGAGGUCAUCGAUCAGAUUAUUAUGAGUUACGGCGGACUGCGAGGGGCGGUCGCCUACGGACUGGCAGUCAUGCUGGAUCAAAGCAAGAUUAAGGAGAAGAAUUUGAUGGUCUCCACUACUUUGAUUGUUGUUUAUUUCACGGUCAUUCUUCAGGGUGUUACUAUGAAACCGCUUGUCACUUGGCUUAAAGUGAAGAGAGCUGCAGUAUCUGAUAUCACACUGAUUGAAAAAGUGCAGAACAAGGUUUUUGAUCACAUGCUCGUCGCCAUCGAAGACAUAUCCGGGCAAAUCGGACACAACUACAUGCGAGACAAGUGGAGUCAUUUUGAGCAGAAAUAUAUGUCCCGAGUUUUAAUGAAGCCGUCCGCGAGGAAAAACCGUGACUAUGUCUUCAAAGUUUUCCAUCAGCUCAACCUGAAGGAUGCCAUGAGCUAUGUGACUGAGGGUGAACGCAGAGGAUCCCUGGAGUUUAUCCGCAACGAAUCUGCGUUUGUCGACUUUAAGAAGAAAUACGGAGACAAAUUCUCCGAGGCCAUGCCGGACAUCAUGGCCGACAUGGCAGAUGAUCGGGGCACCAUGUCCUCCAUGGGUCGAGAUCCUGUUCCAUCCAUUAGCUUGGAAAUGCAUGAACAGUCUAUAAAAGGUGUAAGAGAAGCAGAAGACAUCAGUAGCCACCAUUUGUUGCAGCAACACUUAUACAAAGGCAGGAAACAGCACCGUCACAGGUACAGUCGCAGUCAUUUUGAGGUCAACAAAGAUGAAAACGAGGUACAGGAGAUCUUCCAGAGGACGAUGAGAAGUCGCUUGGAGUCCUUCAAGUCUGCCAAGAUGGGAGUUGCGCCUCCAAAGACGAUAACGAAACACCAGAAGAAAGAUCAGCAACAAAAGACAUCUUCUGGAAAAUCAUCUGAGAAAAGCAGAAGCUCCCAUUCUGGCGAUGAAGAUUUUGAGUUUUCUGAAGGCGACAGCGCAUCCGGUUACGAAGCCUCGAGAGAUUCGCUAGCAAUGCGGCUAAAUUACACCGUAGGAGCCGGGAUUGAGAAUCCAGCCUUCAUGCCGGACCUGGAUUUGACGGCACCAAUGCAAAUCCCGCCUUGGUUAGAAGAAGCCGAGCUAGAUAGCACCACGGUGGCGCCGUCACAACGCGCCCAAGUCCGACUUCCGUGGACGCCCAGCAACCUGCGCCGCCUAGCGCCGCUACGUAUUAGCACUCGCUCGACGGACUCCUUCACGCAAGCCGACGAGGCCGUUUCGGACGAAAAAGACAAAGAAUUCCGGCCGCCAUCAACGCCGUAAAACUCCUAGAGUUAACCUAAAACAUUACCUCAAAGUUUGCACUGUUUUUUCAGUGAAACCCACUUGACAUUUUGACCCGCGCACAGCCAUUUUCCCGAAUAACACAUGGUCAAGAUGUUUUUCAAGAUAUGUAGUAUGUACAGAUUUUUAUUUAUACGUAAUCCAUGGAAUUGACGUGAAGACUAGCAUAAAAUGUUUUUGUCAGGGUUGUCGUCAACACACAAGCCAGAAUGAAACUUGAAGAUUGAAAAAAAAAAAAAACAAGCUGCCUUGAUAAUGAAGCCGUUUUGUAAAUAUAUAGAAGAAUUAAUGUUAAAUAUCUGAUUUUUAGUUUAAAAAACGGUUAUUUGCUAGCUUCUAAGAUUUAGCAAUAGGGGUGAGAACCUCUGGGUACCUCGCGAUGCGAUACGAUUUGCGUUACAAAGCUCACGAUAACGAUGAUACAAUUAUCGAGACAUUGGUCAUUCUAGGAUAUUCGGCAAAACAACCAAUAAACUGAAAAACAAGGUUUCUGAUGUGAGUUUAACACUAGUAGACGACCAAUCCGUUUGAACUGGGAGGGUGGCAGCGAAUGAACGAAUGUUAAUUCGCUGCCAUCCCUCCCACUUCAAACGAAUUGGACGUCUAUAGCCGUCAGUGCCAGCCAAUGCUGGUCAAUGAGUUCAUUUUGGGGCAUUUCACAUCAUUUCCUGUUGAUUUUGGGAUACUGAAAAGGAAAAAUGUACUUAAAAGAGUUAUUGAAAAUCAACAGUAACCAGUAAACGCCCUAAUAUGAACUAGAAGUGACCUGUAAAUGCCCUCAGGACAUGCUCUGGUUUUAGUGCCUUCGACGGCGGUAAACGUCCAAUCCAAUCACAAUGUCUACCGCCACCAAUGGCAGCGAACGUAGACACUAUUUUAAUAGAAUAUUUUGGAAGCAACUUGUUGUACUUUUUGUUUUGUUUUAAACAGUGACAACUUUUUAAAUGAUUUUUGGUGAGCAUAACGAUAACAAUAACAUUGGCUACAAAGUAUACAGUCAUGUGAAAAAAUUAGGACACCCCAUCAUGUUCAAUUCUUUAUUGAGAAAUGUUCACCUAUCAAUGUCUGAUCUUGUUUUUCUUUAUCUGUGGAAAAGAAAGUGAUUUAAUUGCAGGUGAACAACAAAAAUUAACAUUGUUUUACUCAUUAAACCAAAUAUAUCGACAAAAAUGCGUAUUCUAACUGAGGAAAAAGUUAGGACACCCUACCACUUAAUUGCUAGUGUUACCUAGGGUGACCAAACGUCCUCUUUUGCCUGGACAAGACCUACUUUCACGUAGUAUCCUCGUCGUCCGUGCGGGUUUUAUAAAUUCAUAAAAAUGUCCGGUUUUUAUGAUUUUUCACGGGACCAAUUUGAAGAGAAUCCCUCCGGCCGCUGGGUGGCAGCGCCUGCCUGCGAUGACAUGGCUCCUAUUAGUAGGGAGGGAAGGAGUAGUUCUUCUUGUUUUUGUUGGCAGUUUACCCCUAUCAUGAGCCAUUACUGCCAUCUACUGGGUUGACGAUUUGGCCACAACGCCUGCCCAGUUGUUAAGUUUUUUACAAUAAAUACGUAUAUCAUGGCAACUGUUGACUUCUGUCGGAGCUUUGACUGUAAAAUCCCGUUUGGUGUCGCAUCGUUGCGCUGCCGAUGAUUAAACUUUUAUAGCAAAAGUUUGUUUUUUGCCUCAGCUAGCUAUCAGUAAGCUAAACCACGCUAGGCAUUAUGGGAAACGAGUUUUGAACUGCUACGUUUGGAAACAUGGUGGUUGAAUUGUUUGUCAGUUUAUUUCGGUUAUUGUUUGUGUGCAAUCUAGAACAUUGAAUGAGAAUAUCAAUUGACUGGGAAUAACAAUUCGUCAAGGACAAUUGUCGUGAUAGUAAUUUAUAAAAAUGUUUAGUUGGCACAUAGCCUACUGUGUGUAUGUGUAUUGACUGGAAUACAUUUCAAUGGGUCUGCAUUAUGUAUAUAUUUAUUGGGUUUUUUUUCAAACUGCAUUUUUCCAUCCAGAGUGAGGGGGCACACUUUAAAUAUAUUAAAGUGAUAUAGUGGAAAUCAAUAUAUGGUCACCCUAGUGUUACCCCCUUUGGUUGAAAUAACUUCAGUGAGACGCUUUUUGUAGCCAUCUACCAGUCUUUGACAUCGGUUUGAAGAAAGUUUGCCCCACUCCUCAACGCAGAAUACUUUCAGCUGUGAGAUGUUUGAGGGCCCGUUUCAAGUCACCCCGCAGCAUCUCAAUGGGAUUAAAAUCUGGGUUUUGACUCAGCCAUUCCUGGACUCGCUUCCUUUUCAGGUGGAUCUACUGGUAUGUUUUGGGUCAUUGUCAUGUUGCAAGGUCCAGUUUCACUUCAGUUUGAAUUUUUACAAAUGAUCUUACAUGCUCUUCAAGCACCCUCUGAUACAUGAUAGAAUUCAUGGUGGAUUCUAUGAUGGUGAGCUGGACAGGUUCUGCUUUAGCAAAGCAUCCCCAAACAAUGACACUUCCAACUCCAUGCUUCACAGUUGGUAUGGGGUGCUUUUCCUGGAAUGCUGCAUUGGGUUCACGCCACACAUGUCCUGUUCUGGUGUCCAAAUAAUUCAAUUUUAGAUUCAACUGUCCAAAGAACAUUAUUCCAGAAGUCCUGGUCUUUGUCUACAUUCAUUCUGGCAAACUUCAGUCUGGCCUUCAUGUUCUUCUAGGACAGCAAAGGUGUUCCUCCUUGCACACCUCCCGUGAAGGUUAAACUUGUGAAGUCUCUGAUUUUAGAGGCAUGCACUUUCACAUCAACACUACCAAGAGCCAGCUGUAGGUCUCAUGAUGACAUUUUAGGUUUUUUGGAGACUUCUUUUAGCAUUUUGCGGCCUUCUCUCAGGGUGAACUUGCAUGGAUAGCCAGACUUGAGCAUGUUGGCAGUUAUAUUUUCCGGACAGUGGAAUGGCUGAUUUUGUAUUCUUUUGAGUUUUUUAAAAAUCCCUUCCAAGACUCAUAAGCGUCUACAAUCUUCUUUCUGAAGGCCUCAGACAACUCCUUUGAUCUCACCAUGGUGUUUUUUCUCACUUCAACAGGAGUCAGGAGCACACCAAACUAAAUGGAAGGUUUAAAUGAGGCAAGCCUCCUUCAAAACACUGGUUAAUGAUGUUCUAAUCAUGUGCACCUGAUGUGAUACACCUGUGUGUGAUUUUAGCCAUUUUAGGUGGGAUUGAAUCUGGGGGUGUCUUAAUUUAUUUCUUAACAGAAAUUGCAUUUAUUUAAAAUAACAUUUUACAGAAAGUUAUAGAAAAUCUUUUUUUAGUUUUAAUUCUUUAGUUCUAUACUUGAAUCUUUCAAGAUUGUUCAAAAUGAUGUUAAAUAUCCAUUUGACCAAAUGUUAGAAAACACAGGCUUCCAUAGGGUGUCCUAAUUUUUUCACAUGACUGUACAUCAACCUUUUGAUAUAUUGUCACACCCCUACUAAGCAAUGUUAAAUAUUGGACUGUUCAGACCCGGUUAUAGAUAUUUGGAAAUAAAAACCGAAGAAAAAGUA